GACGCAUUGUCACUCCUUUUGUCGCGCCCGGCCAUGGCGAACACGGUCGGUGGCUCAGAUGUCUCCCUACUGCUGGACCCGCAAAUACGGGACUGGGUCCUGUUCCCCAUUACGCUAGUCAUGGUCCUCGUCGGCGUGCUGCGUGUCAACGUCGUUCAGCUGCUCCAGUCCCCACCCAAGAGGCAAAAGAAGGAGAACGUGAGGGAGACAAGUGCGAUACUCCGAGGGGGUGCACUCCGGCAGACGGCGCAACACUCCCCUCUCCCGCCGGCGUACUUCCUUCCGUUAGCGCGCCAGCUCGCCACGAAUCUGGAGGAGGGCGCGUUCCUCAAGGACAAGCCUAAAGACACCACUCAAGGACCUUCUGCGCCUCCAAACCCCCUCUCGGACCCCGCUGCUAUGGAGGGCAUGAUGUCGGGCAUGAAGACCCAGAUGGUCAUGAUGGUCCCGCAAAUGGUGAUCAUGGGCUGGAUCAACUUCUUCUUCCAAGGCUUCGUUCUCAUCAACCUCCCCUUCCCCCUCCCGGCCACGUCUGGCUUCAAGUCUCUCCUUCAGCGUGGUAUCCAGACCCCUGACAUGGACGUGAGAUGGGUAUCAUCCCUCUCCUGGUACUUCCUCAACUUCUUUGGUCUAAAUGGUCUCUUGCGAUUACUCGUAGGUGGAGAUGAUGGCGUUGUCGAUCCUAUGGCGGCCAUGUCUCCGAUGACACCCAUGAUGCCUACUGGCCCUGGAGCGCCUGAUGCCUCGAAAGCGCACAAAGCAGAAGCAGAGAACAUCCGCUUCGCCGAGAGUGUAUACAAAUGGGUCGGAGAUGAUGUCGAGACGCGCGUCCUUUCGCGAUACGGUAUGAAGUGACUCGUUCGGGUACCCAACUAUAAACUACUGUGCACAAUAAUUGCGCGUAAGCGCAAGCUGUGAGCGCUUUUAGUUGCUGGCU